AAGUGCAAGCUGCCAUUUUUAGCCAGAAAUCUUCCAGACUAGUAAGACAAGCAUAGACAAAGCGUGAGUUUUGUCGUCCCUCUUGGGACGUCUAACAUUAUUUGGUGAAUUUAAGAUACGGUUUUCAUUUAUGUUGCAGUGGCGUAGGCUAUUUAAGCUCUGGUUCAAGCGCUAGCGUGCUAACGGCUGAUUAGCUCGUCUGGCUAACGUUAGCUGUAAACAAACACUGCAGACAGAGGGGACAGCUGCUGAUAAACUCAGCGAUUUAACUUCUAGCUGGGUCACCUCAUAACUCCAGUUAAGUUGGUUUGUAACUCGGCGCCAUAAGGAGCUAGUUAAACAUAAAGCUAGUGAACCAGACAGUUUGUAAGCUACCGGCAUAACUUCAGAUUUGAUGACGGAGCGAGUUUCUCCAAAGUAGCUCGGAGCUCGGUCGGUUUCCUGCGGUUCGGUCUGGGUCGGGGUCAGUUAGGGCACAGAGGACACCAAAAAAGACUACGGCAUGUCGUCUUUCUCGGAGUCUGCCCUGGAGAAGAAGCUGUCGGAGCUGAGCAGCUCACAGCAAAGCGUCCAGACCCUGUCGCUGUGGAUCAUCCACCACCGCAAACACUCUGCUCUCAUCGUCAAAGUGUGGCACCGAGAACUGAAGAAAGCUAAAAGCAACAGGAAGCUGACAUUUCUCUAUUUGGCCAAUGAUGUCAUCCAAAAUAGUAAGAAGAAAGGACCAGAGUUUACCAAAGACUUUGAGUCGGUGCUCGUCGAUGCCUGCUCCCAUGUAGCCAGUGAUGCUGAUGAGAACUGUAAAAAGCACAUGGAGCGACUGCUCAACAUCUGGAAGGAGAGAAACCUCUAUAGAAGCGACUUUAUUCAGCAGCUCAAACUGGCCAUCGAGGACUCAAACAGCCCCAGACCUUCAGAAGAGAAAAAGGCAAUAAAAAGAACUUAUCAGAAAAUUCAGGAAGAUGAAGAUGAUGACGAUGAUGACUACAGAAGCCACACAUCUCCACGAAAUGCAGUCGACAACUCUGCAGCACAACUGACUGAGGAGUUGGUGAAAGCUCUGCAGGAUUUAGAGAAUGCAGCAUCAGGAGAUGCAGCUGUGCGUCAGAAGAUUGCAUCACUGCCGCAGGAGGUUCAGGAUGUCUCUCUCCUGGAGAAGAUCACUGACAAAGAGGCAGCAGACAAGUUGUCGAAGACUGUGGAUGAGGCCUGUCUGCUGCUCGCGGAGUACAACGGUCGACUGGCUGCGGAGCUGGAAGACCGGAGGCAGCUGGCACGCAUGCUGACAGAAUACAUCAGCAGCCAGAAGGAGGCGCUCAUGGAGAGAGAGAAGAAACUAGAGGAGUAUAAGCAGAAACUUGCGAGGGUGACCCAGGUGAGGAAAGAGCUCAAGUCUCACAUCCAGAGUCUUCCUGACCUCUCCCUCCUACCCAACGUCACCGGCGGUCUGGCUCCUCUCCCGUCGGCGGGGGACCUCUUCUCCACCGACUGAGGCCUGCACUGAGACAAGCUGCCCCGUCGCCCCUCCCCACCCAAACGUCACGCCAAGUUUGAUUCACCAACGACUCCUCGCAGUUCGACCAGCCAGGGGACUCGCGUGGUCAGAUCUCUGCCCGGCAGCCAAGCCCGACACGCUAACUCCAAACCUGCAGGACAAGACGGAGAGCGGGACGUUUAAACAGAGACUGUGACAGCCUGGACUUUCCCUGCUCUCGCUCAGUCGUUAAGGAUUCACUCCACCAGCUUCAAGUUUGUUUUCCGUUGUUUUUAUUUUGAAAUGUUGGAGAACGCCACCGAUGUAGGAGUAGGGAAGGGGCAAAGCUUCAGCAGGCAGAAAUGUUCAAAGUGAGCAGAUGUGGUUAGUUUGCUCUUACAAAUCUUGCUUGUGAGUACACUGUGAAGAGGAUAUACCAUUUAUUAGGGUUUUUGUUUUGUUUUUUUUUUGUUUUUUUGCUCUCAGUUGAGGCUUGUACCGACACAUAAGAAAGAAGGCUUUGACUACACUGGUAACGGUAAAGUAUUAGAACAAUUUCAGAACAUUGUGUUUUACUUCCCACGGUCGACAGUUGUCACCUGCAUAGUCGACUCCACAGCAGCUCGUAUGUUGUUAUUAGACAAGAAAUUUGUGUUUGUGACCCCUUAGUAAGUUUUCAGUUUUUCUCCUGCAUAAACUACCUGGUUAUUUUUUUCUUAGUUUGCGUUCAUGCUUGGAUUUUGGACAUUUAGGCAAAAUACGUUCAUAUGUGUGUAUUAGACAAGGUUUAAGUUUGGACUCAUUCAAAAUGUUUAUUUCCCAAGAAACAUCCCCAUUUUGUUACAUAUAAAAAAACAAAAACAAACCUUAAGUAUAUCUGACAUACAAUCUUGGUAAACAGUGAAAAUAAAGAGUCUUUUUAUUUUAGGGUGUGCACAGCUGGAAGAUUUAUGAAUAAAAUAAUGGGAUUAUAAAUACGUUUUUUGAUGUUUAACAGCAUAUGGUGAAUAUUACCAUUAUUGUUAGACGACGAUAGUCAUUUCCAGCUGAAUUUGUAUGUAUUUUAGAUAUGAUUUUUGGAAAACAAGGUAAAUUCUUUAUAAAGAAGACAAAAAAUAUUUCAAAUGACACAAAAACAUAAGAAUUUCCUAAAAGCAUCUAAGAAUUGGUUAUACAUUGCCUCUGGAUGACAAAAAGAUACCGCUGAAAAGCAACUGUCACUUCCUUUCUGGGAUCAACGGCCUUUCUUUAAUUUUUAAUGUGAUAUUACACAUUUUUCGGCGAUUGAGAUGAAAAAUAUAUUACACUUUUUUCAGUUUUACUUCCAGUGGUUCGCGUACAGACAGAAAAAAAAAUCAUUUAAUUUAAAGGUCAUAUGUUUACCAAGUCAAACAGCUAAGUGCGUUAAUGCUUUUGGAAGUUACUCGGUUUGUUCGAUUGGAGAGAUGAGUGUUGGGUAAAGUUAAGUGUAGGCAGUGAUUAUGUUAAGCUGAAAUUUGCCUGUGGAUUCAUUCAGUGGAGAAAUGCUACUCGCUGGUCUCUUUGGAUAGUCUGGAAAAGAGGAGAAUGUGAAUCACAACAACUGCAGCCCCUGUUUAACCAAAGGGAUUGGUGUACUGUUUUCAGAUAAUAGAGACCAAAACAUAUUGCCUUUUAGUGUUACAGCGCCCUCUGCUGUGGCAUUGGAUGCAGAAUUUUCCAGUGAAUUCAGCUGAGGGUGGAGGAAUUCAGAUGUCUUUUAAGUCUGAACUUAACAGAAAGCAACCACUGUUAAUCAGGAGGGAUUUUGGCAGCAUUUUGACCCAACUGUGCUUCACUUUAGGUAUUAGUCAGAUCUUUUGUUACCUACAUGAUGUGCUGUAUGUUUUUCUCUCUGCAGAAUCAUACUGUACUAGCAGGACUCUACCAUUACAGGUAGUCUUUUGUGUAAUGAAAGUGAUUCAGUGGAUGCCAAUAAACUGGAACCAUUUGAAC